GCAGCGGCUCAUGAUUGGUUCAGUCAACUUUUGCAAGAUUCGGCCCUCUGCAGCAUGUCGGGCUGUCGGCAGAGAUGCCUAAUGAGAGAGGGGCACAGCAACAAGUUGCAAGAAAUCUUACGUCUGCAACCAACCAUCCCAGCUCAUUCGGGAAUCACAUAGCAACAAUCAAAUCACGAUCAACGCAGUUGAAGUGAGGAGAAUAAUGCAUGUGGUUUGCAAUGGCCGAACACCAGCUGGUUGGCAGCCUGGAGUCCCUCCAAUAUGAACCGCUAGACCCGGAAAAGAAGGAGUUCCGCCUCAUCGAAAUAGAGCCUUUGGGAAUAAAAGAACCAGGUGCUACUCCGCCAUCCGUUCGCUGUCGUCUGAAGCAAGCCAGACUUGAUGAGCAGCAAUGCUACACGGCAGUUUCAUACACAUGGGGAGAUGCCAGCAUCACAAAAGGCAUCCUGGUAGAUGGUCAGUGGGUUCAAGUUACCACGAAUCUGGAAGCGGCGUUGAGACACUUGGCUGCUGGGCGAAUUGAUGAGAACCUCGGCUCAACCUUUUGGGUCGACGCUCUGUGCAUCAAUCAACGGGACGAAGCAGAAAGAAACCAACAGGUGUCUUAUGUGAGAGAAAUCUACCAAAACGCCGCAAAAACUGUUAUUUGGCUAGGCUCUGCAAGCGUGGACAGCGAUCUUGCGAUGAACACCCUUCUCGACUUGGACAAGUUGGCAGAUUCGGGAGUGUUUGCUGUCAUGUCAUGGUCCGAGUUCCCAUUCGCCAAGAUAGCUGUCAAUAUGAUGGUGGACAAGGUCCAGACCAUACUCAGAGAGAUAACAGGAGAGCUUUGUCGCAAAAAUUCUGCGAGAUUGAAAGCUAUUGGCUCCUUGUUUGAACGUUCCUGGUUCAGGCGCGUCUGGGUGAUCCAGGAACGCGUGCUAUCGAAGGACUGCUUGGUCUGUUGCGGUGAUACUUGGAUGUCCUGGGAUGCAUUCUACGACGGGUUCUGGGUGCUUUGUGGUGUACGCGACUACUUGAACAUUGUCGGCUCGGGUACUGGGAGGCGGGACAGCUCCGCGCUGGUGGCUUUUCUCGCGGCGGCUCUAGACAGGGUAACGCCCGUUGCUUUCACUCGACCAGACUCUUCACUACUCACCCUUUUCUCCUUGCUCAGGAGGACGUCCAAUGAAGCCCAGCUCCAGGCUUCUGAUCAGCGAGACUACGUCUUCUCGCUUCUAGGCUUGAUCAGCCCUGAUUCGAGCCCGUCAAUCCCAGUCCAGUACAACAAAGAUUGGCAAAGGAUUCGCACGGAAGUUGCCAAAGCCUGUCUGAUCUACUAUGGCCCAAGAAUACUAUCAUUCGCCGGGCCCGGGGGCGUACACAAUGCCGCCGCAUCGUUCAUUCGCAAACCUUCAUGGGCACCCGACUGGUCUUCGAAAUACCUGGCUCAGCCGCUGAACGCUCCAUCCCUGUUCAUGGUACGAGGCAAAAACAGAGAAAAGGCAUACACGGCCUCCGGAUCACUCUCUCAGUCUCUUUCGGCCGCAUUCUUGGAAGAGAAUCGGUUCGUGAUCCCAUUAUCGUUGAAGGCCAUUAGAGUCGGCAAAAUCGUGAAGCAAGGAAUGCCAUUUGGAAGGUUCAAAGGAUUGAAAUCGGAUGUCGCAGAUGGCAUCCGAGCAUCGUUACUAGACCUGUGGCUGGACGAUCUUGAUGCCAUCUUAGCAGGUACCCCUACUGUGUACAAUACCGACCGAGCUCUGCGAGAGGCCUUGUGGAGAACUCCAAUCGCCGAUCGAGAGUUUGCAUACAACUGGGAGACGGAACGGGCAUCCGCGGAAAUGUUUCUGUCUUACCAAGCUUUGCGACAGAGAAAGGUUUACGAGGGCCUGAAGUACGUGAACGUUGCGAUCGCCAAACUCGUGGGCAGACAGCCCUUUGUAACUGACGGAGGGUAUAUCGGACUAGCGCCACUGGCAUCGUCCGUAGACGAUAAGGUUCGGAUAAUCCUUGGUGCAGACGCACCGUUCAUCAUCUCAUCCAGCUCCUUGGCUAAAUGCUCUCGGAUCAUUGGCGAGGCCUACGUUCAUGGCAUUAUGGAUGGCGAGCUUUUGAAGGGAACGACUGAGGUACAGACGCUCAACCUCACGUAGAUCGUAGCUUUUAUAUCACUGGGGCCAUAUUUCAUCUUCAACGGUCUCAUUCAAUCGUGUAUUAUCGUGUAGUUAUACAUGAG